CUGUGGUCAAUGGGAGGAGACAUUCCCAAUCAUGGAGAGCAGGACACGUGUCACCGUCCUUCUCUCUCCCUCCCUCCCCCCAAACUCACUCAUUCACUCACUGGAAACCCUUCUCUCUCUUUAGUCACUUCAUUUACUCCACCACUCUCUCUCUCUCUCUCUCUCUCUCUCUCUAGAAAACAACCAAAAGGACAGUCUUAAGAGCACAGCGCAGCGUGUGCACACACACAAAGCCCAAAGGGCUCUCCCCUUUUUCUUUCUUGCUAAGCAUUUUUUUCAAAACAAACACACAGAGAUAAAGCUCGAGUCUUUAUUAGGAUAAUCGAUAGAAUUGAUGGCGGAGAUACAGCCACCGGAGAUCAACGGCGGGCAAUUCAUGAUGGGUUCGUCGGAGACGGUGGGGGCGAAGCGGCAGCGGAGGCCCAGCGUCCGAUUGGGCGAGAUCGGAGGAGACCAGCCGUACGAUUCGAACCCGCGGCGGGCGACGAAGCAGUGGAGGCUACCUCCGAUGGACCACCACCACCGGAACAAGGAGUCGAGUAAGUCGUCAAAGACUCGGCCUUUGGUGAAUUUGAGCUCCGGCGGGGAGUUCGAUGAAACCCUAGAGCGGGCGGAGAGAGAGGGCAACCUCGAUAGUGUCGCCAUUGGGAGCUGGAAGGUGAAAGAGACCAAGAAAAGAGCUUCGAGCGCCACGAAGAGGGUCAGAUCCAAUUGGGUCGCGGCCAAGAUUGACGAGGGCGGCGGCGGCGGCGAUGAGAAGUUCAGCGGCGGCGAGGAUGGGGAAGAUGGGUACCGGGAAUUCGAACCCGAAGAGUCGGAAAGCCCGUUGAAAGAGCAGAGCCCAAUUCAUUCCUCGGAGAAUUUGGAAAGAGAGGUGCUUUACCAUGGGAGUAGGAGACCAAUUAGGACUAGGGUUUUGGAUCAUGAUGGUGUUGAGCUAUCCGGGCCGUCGGAGAAUGAUGCCAGGGAGUGGAAUGGGAGAGGGACUAGUGGGGACAGGAAUGGGAAUGAAGGGAGAGUGAGGUGUGGGGAAGAUGGGGUUAGGGUUUGGCUCAAUGGCUUGGGGUUGAGUCGGUAUGCCCCAGUGUUCGAAAUUCAUGAGGUGGAUGAUGAAGUGUUGCCAAUGUUAACUUUGGAGGACCUCAAGGACAUGGGGAUAAAUGCGGUCGGGUCCAGAAGGAAAAUGUACUGUGCUAUUCAGAAGCUUGGAAAGGGUUUUUCUUGAGGUUUUGUUUUUGACUGUUGGUAAGAGAACAAAUCCUCAGCCAUGGCAAUGUAAGAUGCAUGCCCGAAGAAAAACCUGGUUUGAGCUUUUGGUUAUACAUUCUAUUUUAUCUCAGAUCAUUAGUAUUUUGGAUGAGUAGGCUCUA